CCCCAGUAAAGGGCACUAAAGAGGCUACCAGCAUAGAACAGGCCAUGGGACCCCCUAGCAUCGGAUGAAAACUCCCCAAUAUCAGAAACAAUGAGUUCCGAAGACGCAGCGAAGAUCACAAAUGACACAGUUGUGGGCACUGGUGUUUUUUCCUUUUAUAAUACAACCAUGGAAAGCGUUCCGCUGAAUGUUACAGACAUCGCUUCAGAAGUUACAGACCCUUUGCCUAUUAUAAUCUCACUUGUCUGCAUUUUCUUGCUACUAGCCACCUGCCUUAUAUUUGUGACACUUUGUAAGCCUGCGGCAUUGGACCAGUCUCUAUAUGGUCCACGGGAAUGCAUGCCGUACCAUGUAGAGGACGCCACAGAACCACAAUUGAGGCUAUGGAAAAGGUUGGGCUCUUUAAGACAAUCGAUUCGAAGUUUCAGAAGGAAUCGUCCCAUCUCCCUGCGCCAAAGCACUUGCCCGAGAAGACCAACAACCACACAAGACGGGUCUUUCAUGGAAUCCACCAAAAUGUGA